AUGUCUAGGAGCACUCUCCAGAGCGCCUAUAAAGCAUUACUCAAACAUCAACGCCUUCUCCAGAACCCCUGCCAAGCAGCUCUCGUCACGCAUCUCGCCAACCUGCAAGCUGAUCUCGCCCUGCGGAAUCACAACCAAGGGUCACCAAAAGGGGUAUACAUAUACGGCGAUGUCGGAAUUGGAAAGUCACGCAUUGCAGACCUCUUUGCUGCUACUCUCCCUCCAUCAAUUUCGUCACGACGAAUACACUUCCACGAAUUCAUGAUGGACAUUCACAUGCGCUUGCAUCAUGCCCAUCCCCAAGCAUUCUAUGCAGGCGAUCCAUUGAUUCAGAUCGGACGUGAUAUACGGAAUGAGAGUCGAGUGUUAUGCUUUGAUGAGUUUCAAGUCACGGAUAUCGCGGACGCUAUGAUCCUGAGGAGGGUGUUUGGCGCAAUUUGGGAGAGUGGUGGGGUGAUGGUGAGCACGAGUAAUCGUCCACCCGAGAAGCUAUAUGAGAACGGAUUGAAUCGGAGUUUGUUUUUACCGUUUGUCGAUGAAUUGCGAAGAAGGUGUGAGGUCUGGAAGAUGGAAGGGAAAGAAGACUAUCGAAUGAGUAGCGGUGGAGAGAGACGAGUGAAUGUCUUCUUUACUGAGGCACAUGACUUUGAGAGAGACUUCAGAGGGGCCGUCGGUGGUCUAGAGUUAGAAGCAAUGGAGUUUCCUGUCCAAAUGGGCCGGAAGCUAAGAAUCGCUGCU